AUGCUUCCUCCCUCCCAAGUUAACCCGUGGUACGCUGCACUUCUUACUGCUGGUGGAGUCAUCGGUUACUUGAAAGCAGGCUCCGUUCCUUCACUGGUUGCCGGUGCCGGUAGUGGUGCAAUUGUGGCUGCAUUCACUUUCUUAGACCUACCUUACAAGACUCUCGCAGUCGCAGGCGUUUCUGGUGUCUUAGCCUACGUUAUGGGCAUGCGAUAUGCAAACUCGCACAAAAUAAUGCCUGCCGGUAUAAUAGCAGCUGCAAGUAUUGGUGCAUUGGUCGUCCAGCUGGCUCACAUGCAUAGAACAAACAGCCUACACUAA